AUGACCGGACGAAAAGCAAAUCCAGCCACAACGGCCACGAAAAGUCCAACCAAAGCUGCACCCAAAACCGCAACAACUGGCCGUGUAGUCAAAAAAGAUAAAUCGAAAAACGUUAUGCGUGAUUUACGUAUUCGCAAAUUAUGUUUGAACAUUUGCGUCGGCGAAUCUGGCGAUCGUUUGACACGUGCAUCGAAAGUACUUGAACAAUUGACUGGCCAAACACCAGUUUUCUCCAAAGCACGUUACACCGUCCGAUCAUUUGG